CUCUUACAUCUGGAUAAACGCUGUCUUUUCUGACUGUACAUCGCACUUGUGGCAGGGGCGGCACAUAAGGAAAUCCGAGGACCGAGAACUCCGCAUAACGCGUCAGAUAAACACCUCCCCAGAAUUUCUUCUCACCCAACUUCUUUCACGGCAGUGAUGAAUGAUCUGGGCUUCCCCCAAAACGAACCCAUUUCGACGAUAACUAGCAUACAACGACAUCCAUAAUGUCUCAGCAAGAGCUACAGGCUCUGCUCCGGCAGCUUGAAGAGGCGCAACGACCACGGGCAGAAGAGCAACGACGGCGAGAACAGGCCGAGGAACGACUGAGGAUCCAACCCCGAGAAACGACGCUCCCCGAGUUCCUCGAUGCCUGCCAUGUGCAUCUGUUUCUCGGGCUAUCAGUUCAAGAAGACCCACAUGCAUCAAACCACGGGCAAUCCGGCGAACGCCGACCGUAAGCUCCGCCCAAACCAGAUUCGCGAAUGGGUCAGUUUUCCCGACCGAACAGGCAUCAAGAUGGGAGGAUUUGAUGGACCCGGGCCCUGAGUUUGUCACAGAGCGCUACUUCACACCUCUUUCGGUCUUAAAAGAAUAUGGGAAGGAGGCCCGGGAAAGAAAGGUCGGCUCCGAGUUGGAUUUAAACCAUUUCCAAAGACAGACCGUGGAGUCGCGCAUAGGCCCUUUUUUCAAUGGCGAUGAUUUGAUUCAAUCCACGGCGCAGUUACCCCCC